CUUGGUGUUCAAAAUUUUGUCUCAAGCACUGACGCACUUUGAGAGAGAGAGAGAGAGCAAUGGAUGGAGGAACACAGUACAACCCGCGCACAGUGGAGGAGGUCUUUAGGGAUUUCAAGGGCCGCCGAGCUGGCAUGAUCAAAGCCCUCACUACUGAUGUUGAAGAAUUCUAUCAGCAGUGUGAUCCAGAGAAGGAGAAUCUAUGCUUGUAUGGCUUUCCUAGUGAGCAAUGGGAAGUCAAUUUACCUGCCGAAGAAGUGCCUCCCGAGCUCCCAGAGCCUGCACUGGGAAUUAACUUUGCGAGAGAUGGCAUGCAAGAAAAGGAUUGGUUAUCUUUGGUUGCUGUCCACAGCGAUGCGUGGCUGCUUUCUGUUGCCUUCUAUUUUGGUGCCAGAUUUGGAUUUGAUAAGGCUGAUAGGAAGCGACUCUUUAAUAUGAUGAAUGAUCUUCCAACAAUUUUUGAAGUUGUGACUGGUACUGCCAAGAAACAAGUAAAGGAGAAGUCAUCUGUAUCAAAUCAUGGUAGCAGCAAAUCCAAGUCGAACUCCAAAUCGCAGCGGCCAUCAGAACCUCCGGGGAAAUAUUCGAAAGCUUCACAGGCAAAGGACGAAGAUGAGGUCUUGGACGAGGAAGACGAAGAUGAGCACGGAGAGACCUUGUGUGGAGCCUGUGGAGAGAACUACGCAUCAGACGAAUUUUGGAUUUGCUGUGACAUCUGCGAGAAGUGGUUCCAUGGCAAGUGUGUGAAGAUUACUCCUGCUAGGGCUGAGCAUAUUAAGCAGUACAAGUGCCCAUCAUGCAGCAACAAGAGAGCUCGCCCUUGACAUCGCCCAAGGGAUGCGAUCUCUCUCCCUUUCUACUCAUCUCUUGGUGGACUCUGCUAACUGCUUUGUCUGAUCAAUCUGUCUCUUUGUUUAGUUUUAGUUCUCUAAAAUAGAAAAUUAAUGCAACUUGUGAAUGUGUACUCUUGUUUAGUAGAUCUCAUUUUUCGAUAUAAUGCUAUCUAGUUGUAGUUUGGAUGUUCGCCUGUUUAGUUUGAUCCAUCCUGUCUAAUUUAAGAAAUAUCUCUCUAUUUAUGAAUGUGUAAGACUUGUUUUCCUCCUGCUUGGUCUUAAGAUUGAUGUUGACUUUGUUUGAUUCUGUAAUGGCUCUCCCAUGAACACAUGCACGUCAGUCUCAAGAUUUCUCAUUUGCAUAAAUUGUAAUACAUCUUCAACAUCUGACUUUCAGGGCUUGAAGGAAAGCACUCUUAUCGUUUGCUUGUAAAAUGCCGCAAGAGUGCACUGUUGGCAUCAAUUAGGUGAGGAAUAUCUGUGUUCUGUUGUUUGAUUUUCCAUUGUUAAUUGUACUGACUUCAUCUUAUGUAAACCUAUGCUAGGGGAUAAUUUUGCCCCAUUAAACGAUAUGGGAAAUGAAUAAUGCUAUACACACUCCCAUUCUUUUAACUCCCACUCUUAUGUGGCUCUCACUCUCACUAUUAGAUCAAAACUUAAUAAUAAUUUAUCACAAAUCCAAUGGUGAGAGUGGGUGCCACCUAAGGCUGUAUGAGAGUGGGAGUGGGAGUGUGUUUAGCAUUACUCAUGGAAAAUUAGCUGGAAUUAUAGGCUUAUAGCUUGUGGAUCA